AUGAGCUUGAUUUAUGAAGAUUGGGAUUCGAGCAUAGUACCAAGUUCUCGAACACUUGCAAACAGCGAAAAGUUAUUACACAAUGAAAUUGAAAGCAAUAAUCUUACUUCUAUAUCAGAUAGUGACCUGGAAGUCCCUGACUCAGAAGUUGUAGACCAUGCUAUUACAGAUGUCUCAGUGCUGUCUUUUCCAAAAUUAAAGCAUCAUAAAAUAUUCAAAAAACACCAUAAGCGGCUAAAUUCUAAGCUCAAUUCACUUGUUUCAUCACAUCCCUAUUAUAUUCAUGCAAUGAUAUAUCGGUGCGAGCUGAAAAUGCUUACUCAUUCACAAGAGUAAAAAUAUAUUUCGUUUUAUUUAAUAAAAACUAACUCCCCCCCCCCUUCGUGAGUGAACAAAACCAUUAGAAAAAUCACCAUUUUUUGCCCAAAAACCCACCCUCCGUGAGUGAACAAAAAUUGUUUUAAUAGAAAAAUUUUUUAUGGAAAAAAAUUUUUGAUAUAUAAAUGAUAAUUAGUAUAAUAAAAUCUAGAGCUAAUUCUAUUUAAUUUUAAACGAAUUGCUCUUUAAAUUAUAAAUUUUAUAAAUUAAAUUAAUAUUUGCCUUCCAAUUUUUGCGAAUUAGGAUUUUUUUAAAUUUAGAAAAAAAAUAUUUUUUUUAUAAAAUUUAUAUAUAAAUUUUUUUUAAAAAAACAAAUUAACCCCCUCCGUGAGUGAACAAAAUUUUUUUGUUCACUCACGGAGGGGGAGUAAGCUAAUUUCUAUUAAAUUUUAGUAUAAUUAUUAAUUUUGGAUUUCUUAAAAUAUAGAUAAAUAAAAUUUAUAAAAAAUUAAUAAAAUUCCCUGCAUAAGCAAAAAAAAUUUUAUCUGAGUGGAGAGUUAGAGAGUUGAUUAACUGCAAACCUCUGAAUCUGCCAGAAAUAAUUAACUUCCAAGAUCAUCAUGAAAAUACACCUCUAAUGCUAGCAAUUAAGCUAGCUCAAUCGAAGAGAGAUUUUAUUGAUAUCAUCCGCCUACUUCUUACUUCUCCUGUGCUUGGCCUAAAAAUUAAAAAAAUAAUUUUUAUCAGAAACAUGUAAAAAUCAAUUAAAAUACUUAAAAUAUAAAAAAAUUAACUAUGAGCGCGUUAGAAGCGGUGCCGAUCCACAUAUAAAAGAUCAUAAUGGCUGAAGUGUUAUGGACGAAGCAGUGGCUCAGAAAAACAGCGAAAUCGUUGGAAUUUUAUUCGAAUACUUCCACGAAGAAAAAAUGAAAAAAUGAGAAAUCAAUCGCCAUUUAGCCCUAGAAGCACUCGAAAGCCUCCCUGAUUUUUAUUUAGAAAUCAAGUGAGAAUUCGACAGCAAGGUCAUUCCACUUAUCGGCCAUUUCACUCCUAACGACACCUGCAAGCUCUGAAAAGUCGGAAAAUCCUUUCGGCUCGACACAACUCUUGUAGGGUGAAAAAAAUUAAAAUCUAAGCGAAGAAACAUGUCAUUUUUCUUUAAAAAUAACGCUCUAGGUGAUAAGAGAAAUUCAGUGACCGAUUUAAUCGUCGCAAAUCAUUCCAAAAAAACUCUUGUUAACCCUCUUGAAGAUAUCGACCCUGAAGAAAAGUUAGCGGUGAUUGGAGAUAUUUUGAAAUCUGAGCCUAUACAAGGAGAUUUAUCUUUUAUUUCGUAUACAGUCGAGCCUUGUUUAUCUUGAAGAGGAAAACCGGUUAAAACAAAAAUAAGCCAAUGAAACUCCCAGAAAUUCAAAGUGGAUUUUAAAGCAUUAUUUAAGUAUAAGAAAAAAGGGGUAGAGCAAGUCCCAUUAUCUGAAAACCGAUACUUUGAAAUAUUAGGCACAGAUUUUUCUGAGUCCAGCAAUUUCGAGCACCACCUGCCUCAAGCUGAAGCUAAAUGUGAUAUUAAUAAAAACCUUGUGAAAAAUUCAAAAGCCCAUAUGUGGAUUAGUGAGGAAUUCCCAUUUUCGUUAAACAAAUUUUUGCCUAUAUUAAAACUUUUAAGUACCUCAAGCUCAACAAUGAUGAAGCUUUAUAAAUUUUUGUCAAGUGAAAAUCUGACUAAUAUAGUGCCAAUUAACUCUUUUCCUAUUAAACUUGAUAUACCGAUCACGAUGAGUAUCAGAGCUGUGGUGACUUUUACGAAAUUUCAGCUGCUGCCGUCAGGAAGUGAGAAUUUUGCUGAAAUUCCUAACUAUAGUAUCCAGUCAAGAAAAGUAGCACAAAAGACUUUGACGUGUCCUAAAAAGAGACUGUUUUUGGCGAAUCUGGUGGUCUAA